UGUAGACAUGUACUGACACAGGGACUCCUCUCCCAUAGGCACUCAGCACGGAGCUGGAGGACACACUUGCAUUGCUGCUUCAUUAUGUUACCCUCUGUGGUCAGAAGGUGGCUGAACAGACCGAAGAAAUCGGAUCCACGCCCACUUGCAAAGUUCUUUUAUAUUGACGAGGAGGUAAAUGCAAUCGUUCAUGAGCUGCAAUGCCUGGAUGUGCGGAAGGACCCACAGAACUAUCUGGUUCUGCUCAGUCAGCUGCACAACAGUCAGGAGCGAAUGCUUACCCUUCUGGAACAAAUUCUGGAGCACUGUGUACCCACAAAGAGGAGGCAGAGAGAUUAUCACCUCAAGUUCCCAGAUGACCUUGUAAAUGAUACCAUGACCACUCACCUCCUGUUUGCAGCAGAGCUGAUCAUAGGCGGCACAUAUGUAGAAGUAGAAGAAGCAGAUGGUGUGUUACUUCGACCUCUAGCACAGAAGCUGUUACGCAGCUUGGAAGAUCUGCGGCGGAUUCUAAGAGAACAAAGUCUAGAGGAUCCCGGCAUUUAUCCCGAAGCAGCUCAUGAGGCACUGCUAGAGUAUGAUAACCUGUGUGCCGAGUUUGAACUCAGGUAUAUGUCCUUGGUGGUCAGUGUAAAGACUCCAGAGGAGAUCUAUGAGCAACAGGAAAUUGCAGUACUUUUUUGUGAAACUGUUUCCAGGGCUUUGCAGCAAGGCUAUUUAACCCAGGAAAUGAUUGACGACUGUGAGCCAGAACUGAUGAUUUCCAUCCCACGCCUAGCAAUUAUCAGUGGGCUGCUGAUAUUUCCAGACGGACCCUUAAACCUGCAGAAAAGACCUGAGGAGAUGUGUGAACUUUUCAGUCCCUUUCAUGGAUUACUGAAGAAAAUCAGGGAACUUCUCUGCAUACUAACAGAGAAAGAGUUGCAAUCACUUGAGCGCGCUCUGUGCUCUGCUUCAUCUGAGGACCCUUCUGUGCACCUGUCGUCAUGUCUACCGCCUCCUAUGGACUCCAACUCCUUGCACCUCGACAGCCAGACACAACACCCAGAGACAGCCACUCCUACUGCACAAAGCACAACUGAUAUGGAAUUAACUCAAGAGACUUCUGAAUUGAGUAACAUGGCAAAAUGUGAUCCAGACUUCAGUUCUCAGAGCAAGUCAAUUGGGUUAGAAACCAACAGUACAAACCAGGAUAUUAAACUCCAUCAUGCAGCAAAACCAUUAGAUAUACUCCGCAAUAUGCAUAUGAGAUACAGUUUGAGAAGAUCAAGAUUCCAUGAUGUGCGGUCUCGGUAUCGCAGUGACAGUGACAUGCUACACCGCCUCUUUGUAUGCAUUGCUGGUGUUGCUGACCAGCUACAGACCAACUUUGCAAGUGAUUUGCGCGUCAUUCUAAAAACAGUGUUUGAAGCUGUGAGUUCCAGGCAACAGCAGGACAAAGAAAGAACAGCUGAAGAUGCCUCGCGAUUGCCAGACUGUUCAGUUUGUCAGAACCUGAAGCAGCAGGCCAGUAGGGCUCCUCUGGUAACUCCAGAAUGGGUUCCUGACAGCGCCAGUACUCAAUGCAUGAGCUGCUGUGCACCCUUUACACUUUUACGUAGACGGCAUCACUGUCGUAGUUGUGGAAAGAUAUUCUGUUCCCGCUGCUCAGGUUAUUCAUCCUUACUGCCUCAUAUUGACAAUGCUCAGCCUGUUCGCGUUUGCUCUCAUUGCUAUCAUGUGCACUGCAGUCCUCAAGAUCGGGUCACAGAAGACACAUCUCCGCACCUAUCCUGACGCCGGCAGAGAGGCUGCAAGAAAGUGGUUUUAAAGCACAUUUCAAUGACAACCUCCUCUACAUACAUGUUGUUUCCUUCUGUGCUGCUCAUGUAUCUGGGACUAUAACCACACAGAUGGGAUUGUUUCU